CAAAAACAACUUUUUUCGUUCAUAAAAAAUCAAAACAAACUUUAAACCCGCGCGUCGCGUGUUCGUAAAUCUCCGCGCGUGCGUUCUACUACCUAUUCCUGUACAUCGUCCUCUUAUAAUCUAGUUGAAACGCGGUCGUCGAUUGCCUCGUUGCAAUUCCCACGUCGCGUCGGGACGCAAGUAGAAAUCGCGCCCGAGUCAAAACAAAACGUGCUCUCGAAAAAUAAUCGCAUACAAAGUACCUCGUGCGUGUUGGUGUUUUUUUUUCGGGGGGUGCGCGGAGUGGGUGUCUACCACGUGGGUUAAGAUGGGGUAGAUACGCAACUGGAAGUGUCAAGUUACGGUUGACAAGUUUUUUAGUGGAUAGGGUGAUUGGGAAUUCCGGUGUUUGAUACCAACUUGAACCAAAACGUCAAAGAUAUUUCCAUUAAAAACAUUUUAUUCAUGUUAAUAGAUCAAUAAUUAAGAACAAGUGUGAAAAAUUCAAGUGAACUAUUUUUUAAAGAGUUUGAAAUAUAUUCUAUAACGAAACUUCUAAACAUGUAUUUCUAUUCAGUGACUUCCGAUUUAUAUUUCCUUUAUUUGAAACUAAAUCUAAACUAAAAGUGCUUAAAACUAAAGCUUCAUUAAAUAACAUGAGAACCUUUCAGUGAGUGAAGUGCCAAAUAGUGGACAAUGCGCGAUAAAUGGACUAAAGCUAAUUUAAGGAUAACGGAAGGAUAACAGCGGGACUAUCCAGGACAACGGUGGUUUUCUCGCCACAUUGUGAUACUAAAAGCAAGGGGCAGGAUACGAUACAGAGAAGGACUGCUAAAAAAGGGAUUCUUGUAAUGUUAUUCUAUAGGACUCGAAGGAUGCAUUCGACCGUAAUUACAAGGAAUAUUGGCAAAGUAAUCGAAGGAUAACUGUAGGAUUCGAGUCAAAUUAAUUGUAACGUUAGAAGAAUAAUCACAUGAUGUUUCCUGGGUGUAUUAAGACUCCUAGGUCGGCGCAGGGGUCAACUGAUGAUAUCACUAAGCAGACAAAAAGUAUAGUACAGAUUUACUCCGAUUGGGCGAAUCAUUAUCUGGAAAAAGCGAAAAGUAAAAAAAGAGUCAGCUCGUUGGCGUCCGAUUGCAGCGAUGGAGUUCUUUUGGCUGAAGUCAUCGAGUCAGUCACAUGUCAGAAAAUCGCAGAUAUUCAGCGGAAACCAAAGACCCCCACCCAAAUGUUGGAAAAUAUCAACGCGUGUUUAUCGUUUCUUCGCAGCCAGCAUGUCGCCGGUAUCGAGAAUGUUUCGGCGCAAGAACUGCGCGACGGCAAGUUGAAGGCCAUUCUAGCGCUCUUCUUCGCUCUCUCGAGACAUAAACAAGCGGCUAAAACUGGCGGCAGACACCAAGUCAUCGCGCAACAGCAAGAGAUGACUCCUAACAGAUCUUCGGCGAUAGUUCAUAAGGGAAACAGUAGUAUUCCUUUACCAGGUUCAUCGUUACCAGCUCGGAGAUGCCCCCCGGACAAAGUUCGACCGGUUGCAGGCAGCAGCCGAAGUACCAGUCCUGCAAUGUCCAUGAUACCUAGAGCUCCACCCACUCAAAUAACCAGUCCCUACCAGAGCAACAACCAAUCUCAAAAAAAUUCAAUGUUAGAUAAAUUGAAACUUUUCAAAAAUAAUGAGAAACCAUCUCCUGCUAGUAAUGGUAAAAGAACCAGUAGUUCCAGCGGGGUAUCCUCAGCUAGAAGUGAACGCAGUGACUCAAGUAUAAGUCUUGAACCAAACGUAGAUCUAAAACCAGUUCGUAAUACCUCUAGAUUAAAACAAACGAGACCAGGAAAACCGACUCAGGUUAAAAAUAGUCCUAAUGCUACCAAAAAGGAAGUUAUAACAAGCAACAAGUCAAACAAAACCGCAGCUGAUGUCGAAAAACAUGCUUACAAAGUAGCAAAUCUUCCUAUGACUAAAAUAGCAGAACCAAAAAUAAGAGUUGCGGUGAGUAAGGAAUCGGUUCCUAAAUCGACGCAUUUACCAGUACUUAACGGAGCCGCACAACCAGUUCCUGGAACCGGCAUACCUAAACCAACUGCCGCAGUAAAAGGAACUAGUAAAAUCACAAGAGAUGCUAGCGUAAGCUCAUUCAAAGGACCAAAUGGAAUAUCAGUAUCUAGAGAAAGCUCCCAAGUAUCACUAAAACAACAAAAGCCAACUGUAGCUCUCAUAUCACCAAUAAAGACCGAUAAAGAUUCUACGCAGCUAUCAGAGAGCAGUCAUAGCGCUAGUACAGGUCAUCAUAGUAAUUCUAGUGAAAGUUCAGUUAUAUAUAAACCUUCUAGUGAAAGUGGAUCAGAAUGCCACAACAUCAUACCAAACCGAAAAGAACCUGUAAACUAUAUCACUGCAGUCACCGAUCAAUCGCCGCCUCCACCGGCUCCUCAAACACCUAAAGAUUCUUCAAACGAAGAAGUAAAGCAACAGAAAAUCGACAAAGAAACAAAUCACAUAUCUUACAAUAAUAUACUUAAUAGAGAAAAAUUAGAUCUUCCAAAAGAAACACAAAAAGAUAUCCUUAAUCAUAUCAAAGAUGUAUACUUAGAGGAGAAAGAUGAUAAUUUAUCUAUAGAACCAAUGAGGCCUUUGUUACGAGGUUACUGUAGCACUUUGACUUUGCCGCCCAGACAGAGACAGUACCAAAGGGUACAACCAGACGGUGGAUCGGAUUAUUGUGAAAUAUCUUUAGCUAACGGAUACUUAUCGGAUGGAGAGAUACUCAGAAAUACCGUCGCUAUGGACAUAGCAGAUGGAUAUAUGUCUGAAGGAGGAUCCAUUUUGUAUACCAGGAGAUUACAAACUAUGCCUGCGCAUUUACCAAAUGGUAAUCCCCGUCUCGCCUCCGGCCUCACCGUGUUGACAGAACAGUCCAGUAGAAGGGGAGGCUCUAAUGAGUCUCCCCCUCCACCACCAGCUCCCAGAGUGACUUCCAAAUCUUCUCGCAAUGGUCUUUCUCUACAAGAAUCAAAACACACAUUUUCCGAUGGUAAACAUACCCACCUAGAUUCAAAACACGAAUCCAAACACUCGCAUCAUCAACAGUGGAAACGCUAUACUGAUUCUCCAGGUGUGGGCUCACCACCACCUCCACCUGCACCUGCGCCGGGAAGUCCUACGCAAAGCAGAAGAGAAAGAAGAGCAAGUCCGCAUGGAAGCAGUAGCGGAAAGGAAAAAACUGGAAAGGGUGCUAGAGGAGUGCCGCAAAGCUUCGGAUAUUUUAAACGUAAUGGUACUGGAGUGAACGGUACUGCUAAUGGAAGUACCAAUGGACAACCUGUGCAAGUAAUCCAAAAUCAGUCUGCGGGAAAAACAGCAUCUGUGUCCGCCGUUCCCAGAACGAAAGUUAAAGUUUCUGGGGGAACUCAAACUUGUUCGAGUGAUCUCCAACAAUCUCACAAAGCAAGUCCACCACAAUUCAAGAGUUACUCAUUAACUGGUAAUACCGCUAAUCAACUCAGUCAGUCAGUCAGAGAACGUCUUAUGAUGGGUUCACAAAGUCUUCCAAAAGGUGCUGGUGGAGCGCACCAAGAUUACGGUCUGGUUAUGCGGCAAGUCAGACCAAAAGCCAGUGAUGGGUCUCUUUCCGACACACAAGCAAUAGAAAACACCAGUCCAUAUGCUCCUUGGUUAAGACAUAGCAAUACUUAUUCAGUUGCUCCCAGGUUAUCAGAGACGGAUAGUAUGGAAUCUUUGACGAGUUUGCCAGGUCACAGAAGUAGUUUAACACAUACAAGAUUAUUAAGGGAUUCACCAUCAAGGUUAAGUCGAAGCAAUAGUAUAAGAUCUACAAAAUCGGAAAAACUGUAUCCCUCCAUGAUGCACCGAAAUACUGAACCCGAAGCUGAACCGUAUUAUUGUCUACCAAUAGGUAGUUUGAGCCAUUGGUCUCAACCUACCAGUCCAGCUCCUGGUAGCGCUAGAACCUUCCCGCUUUCUCCAACACACUCGAGUACUCCGAGGCACAGUUUGCCCAAGAACGAUGAUGUGCACGGAUCUUCAAUCAGCUUGGUUUCAACGGCGUCUAGUUUGUAUUCAUCGGCUGAGGAAAAACAAGCUCACGAAAUUAGGAAACUGAGAAGGGAAUUAACGGAGGCCCAAGAAAAAGUGCACACGUUGACUUCGCAACUCAGCACCAAUGCUCAUGUAGUAUCGGCUUUCGAGCAGAGUCUAACCUCGAUGACUCAGAGACUUCAACAUUUGACCGCUACAUCGGAGAAAAAGGAAGCAGAACUUCAAGAACUACGACAGGCUAUGGACGCCCUUCGUGCUCAAUCCAUCCAAGCUGGUAUAGGCUCCAGUCUAGCCAGACAACCUUCUUCUGAUAGCGUAUCUAGUCUUUCAUCCGCUUGCAGCCUAGAUAAACACGACAAAAAGAAAAAGAAAGGUUGGUUACGGAGCUCAUUCACCAAAGCUUUUUCACGAAAUGCCAAAGUCACCAAAGUACAAUGUCAAAGUGAUACGACGGAAGAAAGGGCUCACAGUCCGCCACCCGUCCAAACUACAGAUCCCGGUUUGGAAGUAGUAGAACUUCAGAAACAACUUCGAGAAAAAGAUUUGGUAUUAACAGACAUUCGAUUAGAAGCAUUGAGUUCUGCUCAUCAAUUGGAAAGUUUAAAAGAUACAGUUAUGAAAAUGAGAAGCGAAAUGCUAAGUUUGAAACAGAAUAACGAACGGUUACAAAGGAUGGUAACGGGUACGACUAAUUUACCGACAGAUUUAACAGAUACGAGAAGCAGUAAUAGCAUUGACGCCUUAAGUGACCUCAUUCCUACCGAGGAUCCAACACCAGAAGUAGAAACCGAUGGUAAACGAAUAGCGAUAUCAGUUUAUUUGGGUCAGCCACAAAGUUUUGAAAAGUAUUAUGCUGAACAUUACGGGUAUGAUGGUUUAAAUGAUAAUGCCAAUACAGAAAUAUCGAUAGCACAUACAAAUAUCGGCGCUUCGACAUCUUGGGCACAACUCGACAACUCUGUAAGACGUGCCUUUAAACAAUAUGUCGCUCGAUUAGAUCCAGGAGGUGGACUUGGUUUAGGUAGUGACGCCAUAGCUAGUUAUAAACUAGGAGAAGCUGAGCGUAAACCCGAUUCCGGUCCGCCAGAUCUUCUUCCUGUCGGAUAUGCAGUCGGAAGAGUGGGAACUUUGCAUGUCGUUUUACAACCAGUAGCAGCCUUAGCCUUCGAAGCCUUAAUUCCAAAAGGAGUAGCUCAAAGAUUAGUUUCAUUAUUAGCCGAACAUAGAAGAUUAGUACUUUGCGGUGCACCAGGCACGGGAAAAACACAUUUAGCUACUAGAUUAGCCGAAUUCCACGCCCAGAGUUUGGGUAGAGAUCCCGCCGAAGCAGUAGCAACUUUCAAUGUCGACAAUAAGUCCGGUAAGGAAUUGCGCCAAUACCUUACUCAUCUAAGCGAACAAGCAGCAGGUGGUGACAAUAGUGUACUACCGUGCGUAGUUGUCUUGGAUAAUCUCCAUAAAGCCGGUACACUCGCGGAUGCUUUAGGCUCUCUACCCCGAAAUCUUCCCUGUCUUCUAGGUACAAUGGCACAAAGUGCUUGCUCCGCAACUAGCUUGCAACUUCAACAUGGAUUUCGAUGGGUACUAGUAGCGCCACAUAUGGAACCAGCUCGAGGACUAUUAGGAAGAGUAUUAAGAAGACGAUUAGCUGGAUUAGAACUUGAACAAGGACCACAACCAGAACUAGCAGCUAUACUUGGUUGGUUACCGAGGGUGUGGCAACAUUUGAACGCUUUUCUUGAAACACAUAGUAGUGGAGAUGUUGCUAUUGGACCUAGACUAUUUCUAAGUUGUCCUCUCGAAUUAGACGCAGCACGAGCAUGGUUCGCAGAUGUCUGGAACUACUCCCUAGCUCCAUAUCUUCGGGAAGCUGCUCGUGAAGGUCUUCAACUGUACGGUCGUCGUGCUCCUUGGACAGAUCCUACACAAUUUGUCCUAGAAACGUAUCCAUGGCCGGGUUCUCCGCCACAAGGUCUAACUACCAUUUCAGCCAAAGACGUAGGUCUUGAAGUAGGACCAUCGGCCCAAUCAGAAAACGAAGGGGAUCCUCUUUUAAAUAUGCUGAUGAGGCUUCAAGAAGCUGCAAACUAUUCUAGUCCGCAUUCAAACGAUUCAGAUUGUAACAGUCUGGAAUCGAAUUUGACACAUACUAGUAAUUUAGGUACAGAAAGUGUGUCUUAGGAUAUAAAUGUAACUUAAGUGGUACAUGUGAUGACAUUUGGUUUUAAUGGGAAGGAAUAGUUUUUUUGGGUUUAUUACAUUUUAAAUAUAUUUUGAUGCUAUUUCAGUAAAUCCUAUGUCAUCAUUAUAUUUGUAGGUUUGAAGGAAACUGGUCGAUUUUUUGUAGAAAUUGAUAUUUUUGAAGUGAGCAUACUCAAAUUAUUCAUUAUAUUUUGAAUUAUGAUAUGAAUCUGCUUAAAAAUUGAGUAGAUUUCAUAAAUUUAUUAGAUAUGGUAAUUGAAUAAAAUAUCUUACCAUUAUCAUUUUAAUAUUUCAUAUCAAGACACGGUAUUAUUUCCUGUUUUCUAAUUAACAUAGCACUUUAAAAUAAAACUAAAUUUAAAUCUGAUUGAAAGCAAUUGAAAUUAUUUUUUGAACUAACAUUCUCAUAAAAGAAAUCAAAUACUAUGUCCGAAUAUGUUUUUAAGUUUAUCUUAUGUUGACAUGUCAAAAGUUUAUCAGCAAAAAAAUUGCAGAGGGGUUGUGGAUAUCACGAAGAAGUUAGUUGUAGUGGUAGUAAUGGACUAGAGAAUCAACAUUGUCUAAUGUCAAAUGCAGAAUACAAAAGUGACAAUGUAAUGAUGAACUAGCUACUAAACUUUAAAUCCUAAAUAUGCGCCUCUAUCUAUCUAUUAGUCCAAGAGGUCGUGAGUGCCAGACCAUUGGAUUUUAAUAAAAGCUGAAAGCUCUUCUAUGUAUACCCGCAAUACAUGUAAGAAUGAUCCUCACUCAUGACACCUGCGUAGUGACUUGACAGGUACCAGGUAGUAAAUGUGUAUAAAAGUGCAUCUUAAAUGUGUAAAUGUAUAAAAUUCCAGUUUACUUAUAUUUCUUUUGUACCAAUAUAAAAAUUCGCGUUACUCAUUGCUAGACACUUAAUAUGGCUACAACCCACACCCUUAAACUAUUAUAAGUUUUACUGUCAACGGAAAGUUUCUGUACAAGCUUUUUGUUUACUUUUUAAUUGAAAUAUGGUACAUAAACACGUUAUCCGGCAUUAGACACGUCAAAUAUAGUUACGAGCUGUGACACGUGGGGUGUAGCAAACCCCAAAUUGAUUCGGUCAGCGAUGCCUUCCUGAUAUCUGUUUUGGAAAAAUUUUAGUGCUUUUCUAGGCCCUCUUAGUAGGUAAUAUUAAAAUUUUUGUAUAAAAAUAUUAUUUUUUGUUUUUAUUGAAUAUUGCAUGAAUAUGGAUUCUUUUAGAGUAAAAAAUGAGAUGCUUUUUUUAUUUAUUUUCUGAAAAUUUUUCAAUAAAGAUACUAAACAAAUCGAAACAGAAUAUUAUAAAUAAAACUGCAGGCUUUCAAACAAAAAAAAACCGAAUAAAAUUAUCACUAGUAACAAAAAAGUUAUUGUGUAUUCAAUUAGUACAAUUUUUACAAUAGAUAUCUGCAUGCUCAAGGCAAAAAAAUACGAAACAUGCUUCACAAACAUAUUUAGUCUUCCUGUCACGUGAACGUGAGCAUUCAGAGCAUCUUCCCUGUUGAUUAGGCCUUUUCUUUUUGGUAGGUAGGCUUCCGAUUUUCACCCAAAAGUUUUCUGGUAUUGCCGCGUAAAUUGAGAGCAAGCUUGGGGUUUUAGACAGCCUUUAUCUCUGGUGGUCUUUGAUUAAUUCCAUACCUAAUGUUUUUUAAAAAAUUCUUCUUGGGAUUCUCUAUACUUUGUUAUUCUCCAUGUGUAUAAUUAUGCUGUUAAUCCUCACAGUAUUCAGUAAUGAAAAAAAAAAUUGUUAAUGGUCAUCUGCGGCUAUUGCGACAUGCAUUAUAAGAUGUCGACAAUUCGUCCCCGACAUCCUCUCCACAUUUAUUCAAAUUAUAAAAAGAGAUUAUUUGUGGAAGUUUCUUUUCAGAAUUAAUGUCCACUGAAUCGUCAUGAUGAAGUGAUGAUAUUAGUAACACAACCUUACCCUCUUUAGGGACAUACAAAUCAAUAGUGUAUCCCUCCUGGAAACCAAAUAUACUGGAGUGUAUUUCUCUCCCUUAUCUGGCUUAUUCUUUCUUAUGGUUUCUACAGCAGUUAACUUGUAACGUUCACGUAGAUUGACCAAGAGAGAACUGGUGUAUCAAUUAUCGAACGUGAUGUUGCGUUUUGUUCCUGACACUGGAGCAACCAGUCAAUCUACUACGUCUUUCGGACGAUUGCUUAUAUUAAAGGGGCCAUCAGGUUGCUUCCCUACAUAAACAUCCAUCUUCAAAACAUAGUAUGUGUGCGCAUCCUCCAGGGCAUGUACUUUGAUGCCAUAUUUUGCCGGUUUGUUUGGCAUAUACUGCCGGAAGGAGCACCUACCGCGAAAUGAUUCUAAUUUUUCGUCAAUAGUUGGAUACUCAGAAAUUGAAUAAGCAGCCUGACACCAAAAAUGAGAAUCGUCGCAGGCUCAUCGUACAUCGAAGCACGUCCAUGCCUGUCCCGUCAGUGGUCCAAAGAUCAGACAAAUUCCGAUGAUUAUUUCUGAAAGUUUCUGCUAAAUAAAGAAACCCAAAUACAGCUUUGAUUUCUGUUAUGCAUGUCACUCCAUAAUGGGAACAAGCCCUCCAAUUUUCAGAUUUUUCUGCAAUUCUUUGAUUAGUGUUGACAACUAUAUCAGCAUUAAUCAUUUCAUCAAAAAAGAGCAAAAAACAUUGAAGCGGAGUUUUGCCAUUUCUUCAAUAUUGUUUAAUUCCGUUAAAUAUUUAAUUAAUAAUAUUUUCGGACCUGGUUCUUACGUUUCUUACGUUAUAUUCCUUACACCAUGUCAUUCCAUUUUUUCCAUAAAAAUUAUGGAUUUCAACCGGUUCUGCGAUAUUUUGUUGGCCGUCGACCUCCUGCAUUUCUGAGUUUUCUUCUUCGGCAUCUUGUUCUUCUUCUUCGUAAUCUCCUAUCAAUACACGAACUAAUACAAGCGUUUAUUAACAAAUAAUAUUCAUAGUUGAUAAAAAUGAAGACCCUACCUGUAGAAACGAUGUCACAAAAAUAAAACAAAUCUGCUAAAAAAAGUUUCGAGUUUAAACAGGUGGGGUGUGUGAAACCCCCAGCAACUUUGAAAUGGUCCUUUUCGCAUUGUGUCUAUGCUGGAACUAUGCUUUCAACAACCACGUGUAGAGGAAUACUUAGUUUGAAGGUACUGAGGCGCUACAGUCCUUUGGCGGUCAAUUCGAAUAUUUUUUCUGCAUUCCUCAAGGGCUAGGGUUUGUCAUACCACCUGUCUAAUGCCGGGUUAACUUCGUCAUCGUCUUUCCUCCCUGUCUCCGCGGACUGUUUAUGAAAAACAAAAUAAUAUCGUCAUCUAUUUAGAAUGUAACUGAAUUAUUUUUUGCAGUUUUUCAAUUUCUAGUAGUGAUUUCAUUAUUUCCACAUAAUUAUAUUAAUUUGAAGAUAAGUAAAUUUUCUUGUUUUGUGACAUUAUUUCCAGUAAUCUUGUAAUCAAUAUAAUUGAGUGGGAGGCCCCGUGUAACUUCUAAAGCAGAUGAUAAGUCCCUAAUCAUAAUGUCCAAAAUGAAUACGAAGCUUAUAGCACGGGAAAUUCAAAGGCGGUUCAAUGAAAGUUACUAUAAACAGAUAUCAGUAAGUGUAGUAAAGGAACGCUUACAAAAAGCAAAAUUUCUACAAAGAAACCACUCAAACUAGAAUGGGCCUUGCACAUAAAGAUUAGACUGUAGAAAACUGGAAACAAGUCCUUUGGACUGAUGUGUCCAAAUUCGAAAUGUUUGAGCAAAAGCGAAGAAUUUAUGCUCGUCGUGUAUCUUCAGAAAAAAGGAAUUAAAGGAACCCUGGACAGAAAUGGUUACCAUUACAUAUUAAAAACGCAUGCUAAUUGGCCGUGGGUAUGUGUUCCAGCAAGACACAUCUAAGCUCUGUUUCAUCUAUUUAAAAAAUAAAGAAAAUAGUGGUGAGUUAGAAAUAAUGAAAUGGCCCCCACAAUCUCCGGAUCUAAAUCCAAUAGAUUUCUUGGGGAAUGAACUAGAUAGGAAAGUUAGAAAAUUGAAUCCCACUUCUUUGGACGCUCUUUGGAAGGCUCUUGGGAUAAGUUUUAAAAAAACUUAUAAAAGGAAUGCCACGUGUAGUUAAAAAAUUAUUAGUGGCGGUCAGAGGUGGUUUCUUUGAUGAAUAGAUAGUGUUGCAGUAUAACAUGAAAGAGACAAAAUAUGUUCAUGUUGUAAUAGUAGAAUGUUAUCUUUUAAUAUUUUUAAAAUAAAACUUGCUUUAACUUCACUUUUAAUAAUUUAUUUUAAAAAUUUUCAACUUGUCCGGAAACUUUCUGUUGGCAGUGUAUAUAUCUUUAAAAACUAUUAAAUAAUGUUUCUUUAGUAAAGACAGUUUUGAGGAUUCUACCAUCCUGCCAGUGAAAGUGAGGAGCAUAUGCAGUUUCGGAUGCGACUGAAAUAGAGUGUUUGGUCUAUUGGGAUUUUUUACUCUAGAUCUACUGUUGUUCUUUUUUUCUAAUUUUUUUUUUUAAAUUUCAUAAAUUGAAAUUAUCACAGCCUGAUUAACACAUUUUCAAAACAAUAUUAAGUAAACUUUUAUAAUAAAAUAUCAUUCAAAUUAUUUCUAAAUUUUAUAACAGUCAAUUCAAUUAAACUUUUGAAAAUAAAGAAAUUACAGGAAAUUUAAUUUAUUUAAACCAAAUAUUAAAAAAUUUUCAUAAUUGUCAGCUGUUGCGAUUUUAUUUUUUCGGCUGUCUGUUGGCAACCUUAGGUUACUGCUAGCUUACUGUGAAGAUGGGUGUGGUUCACAAAAAAACUAUAUGUUAAGAGAUUUUACUUAGUGGCGCCAGCUGGUUUUUGUCCAAAGUCCAGCUUUAUAUUUAUUCACCCCUAUAAACAAGAAAAUGGGGGACCUACCUUAAAAAAAUAAAUAAAUGCAAAGCAAAACUACUAACAAUAAAACUAAAAUAGUGGUCUUUUAAGGAUAGCCCUUGGGGUGACUCCAAAUACGAAUAUAAAAAUAAACAAUAAAUAUAAUAAUACAAAAAAUUGGCAAAAUUUUUAUAGAAAUGUCGUAUAAAGAAAUAUUAAAAAAAAUUGGUUGUAUCAAAAAAACUGACAAAAUUGACCAAUGCGGUUCUUUUAUUUGCUCACAAAUACAAUUUUGAAAGCGAGAGAUUUAAAAUAUUCUGAUUGGAAGAAAAAGAUUUAAAACUUAUUAUUUUAAAUAAUAUGCGAAAUUAACAUCGUAAUAACAAUAUACAACGGGGAAAAGAAGGUCACGUGGCAGUUAAAACUCCUGGUAACUUUCUGGGGACCUCUUCUACUUUCUGGCACAUUUUUCAAAUUGAGCUUCCUUUCGUCGGACGUUGAUUUUUUCUUUGGUUGUAUUUUCUUUUCUGAACCACAAUUCUGUAGAUUACAACAAUUAGAUAAGAACGCCACUAACAUUUAUUGCCACAGGGCCGCAACGGAAUAACAUAUUUUAACAAAAAUCAAAAUAACAUUGCGAUCAAAUACUAACUACACGAAAUUUUUACAAUGAAUUUAAUUGUUCACACUCUAUUCUUCAAUCAUAUUCGCAUUACAUAGUAUUCCUAAUAUUUUAAAGUAAGUUAAGAGAAAGGUACAGCUAUAAUUUGUGAAAAAUAAUAUAAUUUUAACAAAUUGUUAAGUUAUUGUUUUCAUAAUGCCUUGAAAAUGAAGUAAUUUUUUAAAAGAUAUUCCAAAAAUAGCAAAAUAGAAUUACUUAUCCCUUAGUUUGCCAUACUGAAUACACAGUUUACAUCACCACUACACCAAUACUCAUGAUUACACUGAUUACAGGCUCUGAAGACGAUAACUGGUUAUCGAAACGCGCGUCAGACAGUGUAAUUGUGAGUAGUGGUGUAGUGGUGGUGUAAACAGUGUAUUCAGUAUGAAUAUGGCCAACGGUUCCAGAAAUUCCGACUUAACUUAGCUUGUCAAAUUUUGGACUCUUUCAUGUCGAUAAACACUUAUUUAAAAUAUUCUCAAAGAAAAACUUGUUUUUGAAACCAAAUUUAUUCAAAUCUAACAGCCUGUUGUGCCCUACUUUUACAUCCAAUCUGAGGAACUAUAACAUUCUCUUAAAUUUAACAGAAUAGCUUUUUAAAACACUUCACUACAGAAUCAUGUAGGCAAAGGUCACAUGACAGUGAAAAUAAGAAUUCGCGACGUUCUUAGAAUUAUUUCUCUUGUAAACAGGACUGUUAAACUAAUCCGUAUCCAUAUUUUAGCAAGUCGACUUAUUUAUUUCUUGUUAAAUUUUCAUCACCUAUAAUGUAAUACCCUAAAAUUCCUGUCGUUAAUUUUUUGGGGAUAUUAAGUAAACGGUUACAAUUUAUGAUAGGCUCAAUUGUUUUUAAAAGAACUUUAUAUUCGUUUUCAUAAUUUCAUAAAAUUUCAGUUUGACAUUGUCUUGGAAUUGUACUUAAACUUUACGGUAUCUAUUUUGUCUUGUUUUGUAUACAUUUAUUAAAACUACACUAACUCAAUUUAAAAAUAAAUGUUAGAAUAGUAUAUUGAAAUACAAGUAACAGAAGGCUUUUUAUUCCAGCAAGAGUUCCAAAGAAGAAACGAAUACGAGUGUUUUAUACUAUUUUAUCUUUUUCGGCUUGUUUACAUAUUAUUUAUUUAUAAAAAAACUUUUAUAAAUAUAUAUUAGGGAAAUUACACCGUAACUGUAGGUGAUCGGUUGGUAGCACUGAUUCAUGUUUGACGAAUAUCAUUUGAAUUUAAAAGUUUGCUUGAGUCAGAAAAAAUGUCGAUUGAAGAACUUUAAUUUACACCACCAGAAUUGCGGGACGUGGUCUUUACCGCCAUAAAUAAUUUACUACCUGUUAAAUCAAGAAAUUACAAAAAGAACAUGAAAAGUUGAUGGCUUGGUGUACUGCUAAAGGAGUCACUAUUAUCACAGAAAAUGUGUUAAUUGCUUUUUUCGAUGCCAUGAGUAAAAGUUAUAAAGGCUCAACAAUGUGAGUCAACAUCAAAUAAUUGUUUAAAUACUGAUAUAUUAAAAUUGCAAUUAUGUACUUUCGAAACAAUGUUCCACGGUAUAUCAACGAACCUCGCACAUGACCAUAUAAUGACCAGUCAGCUAUCAAAAUAAAACUGUUAUUCAGGAGCACCAACCCACUGCAGAAAAUUACCAGAAAUCGUUUAAUAACGUUGUUCUAAUACCGAAACAGAGAAAGCGAAUGAAAGCCAACGAUAAAUUCUCACUCACACAUUCCCACUAAACUCUGGUAAAGAGGAAUAGAAUUCCCAUGGAUCAAUUUAUCGCAACGUUUCAUAGAAACUUGCACUAUUGAAAUAUUAUUAUGUUGUUUGAAGAUUUUAAAUUUAUAUUCCUAUGUUGUAUAAAACAUUUUUCAAUACCGCAAAAUGUUUUCUUCACUUAACCUUUAUAUAUAUAUAUAUAUAUAUAUAUAUAUAUAUAUAUAUAUAUAUAUAUAUAUAUAUAUAUAUAUAUAUAUAUAUACAUACUUAUAACUUAUAUAACUUAUAACUGGACGUAAACUAUCUGCAAACUACUCUGCUUUUUUAUUUAUGUUUUGUUGUAUUAAUAUAUAAACUAAAUUUCGCAUCAUUAUUUAACUGAGAACGUCUUCAAUUAGAAUUAAUCUGAAAUUGUCAAAAUUGAAAUGUUGUCUCGAUUUUGUUAUUAUUAUGAUUUUGGAAUAAAAGCGAACAGUUUCUUUUCUGUAUUAACAAAACAGAAAAAAUUAACCUUAAAGUGUAACUUGACUAUAACAAAAGUGCUUAAAAUUGUUCGUUGUAACAUAAAGUUAAAGCCCAAUAUUUAUUUUAUGAAAUAUACACUGAUUUUUAUACAGCGCUUGAUAAAUGAAAUGUCUCAGUGUUUAACUACUACUUGGAAUAUAUGUUUUUGUCAAUCCUUUUAUUUAUUAUCAUUGAAAUAGUAAAAAAUUCUGGUUUUACUAAUAACGGCGAUAUAUUCCACUAAUGAAUCUUCCUAAACGAAAUUAAAUUUAAUAAUAGUAAUUAAUAAUUAAUUUAGAACAAUUAUGUUUGAAGACUAUAUAUAAAUUUCAUUCAAAUAAUCUUUGCUUAGAAAAAUUAAUAAAUAAAAUUCAUUAAAAAAUCAAGAGGGUAUUCAAAAAAAUUAUUUAACAACAAACCUAUGAAUAAUUCAGUAAAAAAUAAAUUCCUCUAUAAAAAAUUUUCAUUGGCGUGUCUAUCCGUCUACUGCCAUGUUUUUAAUAAAUAGGUAUUUAUACUAUUGACAAGGUUGUACAGAAUAUUUGGAAAUUUAUGUAUGAAACUGUGCAAAGUCAAGAUAAAUUAACCAGAAACAUAAACACAGUGUGGGAACUUGCAAGAAGAGGUAACAACUACAAUUCAAAGCUACAUUAUUUUUUUGUAAAAAUAAUUUUCUUGUAAGUAGUAAAGAAAACUUUAUUUCGAAAACAUUUUCUUAUGUAACUAUCGACUAAGGAUUAUGUUAUGAAUUAAUUCACUUCAAUUUUUUAUUUCAAUUAUCGAAGAUUCGAGUGUCAUAUUAGGCUUUGAUUUAACAGAAUAAAUUCCACAUUUCACCAUAAAUUUGUAAAAACUCUGUCAUUGGUGCCCAGGUCCUAAGAAGAAAAAUGAGAGAUUAUGGAGACCGAAUUUGUGCGCUAAGAGAAGAAUAGUGAAUACACUGUUUACACUACCACUACACCAACACACACGAUAACUUGGUUAUCGAAACGCGCGUCAGACACUGUAAUCGUGGGUGUUGGUGUAGUGUUAGUGUAAACAGUGUUUUCAAUAUGAAUGCUAGGGGUUCCAGAAAUAAAAACUUAGCUAAUCGAAGAAGCUUACAUAUAUCUGUCUCCUUGAAAACCCCAAGGGGAAUCACAGUUGAAAAAUACGUGGAGUUUCUUCCUCACCUUCGCCACUACCGUAAACUUACAUAAUAACUAAAUUUUACUAAACAGCCAAACUUCUAAGAAUCAUAUAUUUAUAUUUUGUAUGUGUACAACACAGGAGUGUGAAGUUAGUGGCACAUAAAUUGAAAAUUAUGAUAUUUUUUAUUAAAAAGAAAAUUAUUAAUAUUACUUGAAAGAAUGCUAAAAAAUAAUUUUGGCAAUAGUUACAUAUAAUAUUAAAACAUCAUUUUUAUUUUGUAUUUUGCAUAUACAAUAUGAAUUUCAAAGCUAUUUCACUAUUUAAAGUAUUUUAGAAAAACCAGAAUCUCUUUUUCAAUUAUUGUUCAAAAGUGUAGGCUUCAAAAUUUAUUGUAAUAUAUUAUAAACAUCAAAACAAAUAUGGGAAAUGAAAAUACAUAUUAUGUCAAUUAAUUAUAAAUAUAUAUUAUUUUCACCAUUUAAUUUUUUUAUUCAGUUAAAUUAAAGUUAAAUUUUAUAGAAAACGUUUGAUAUAAUUCAAAAUUAUCUUGAGAUCAUAUAUGUAUUUUAUUACACAAGGUAGCACCUUAAUUUUUAGAGCUAAUAAAGACACUGCUUUAUGUACACAUUUUAUGUAAUAAGGAACCACAACCCUUUAGUGCAGUUUCCAUUACUUCCAAUGUAACACAAUAUAGAAAAAAGUUUUAACUAAGAAGUACUGUUAUUAUUUUUGAAAGUACCACCACCUCUACAAAUUUAUGUACACAAUUAUGAUCCACUUUUUAGUACAGUUUCCAUAACUUUCAAUGUAACACAAUAUAGAGAAAAAAUUUAAGUAAGAAGUACUCCUCUAAUUUUUGAAAGUACUGCGUACUCAAAAAAUUAAUUUAUAUAAUUCUGAACCACUUUUUAGUUUAGUUUAGUUUCCAUUACUUUCAAUGUAACACAAUAUAGAAACAAGUUUUAAGUAAGAAGUAUGUACUCUAAUUAUUUUUGAAAGUACCACCAGCUCUAUAUAUUAAUGUACAUAAAUCUGUAGCACUUUGUAGUAAGUUUCUAUUACUUUCAAUGUAACACAAUACAAAUUUUUAUACAUAAAGGAGACUGGCAAUACAAAUCAUCAAUUUUUGUUCAUGUUUAGCUUGCAGAACUACUUUAUGAGUAUAAGUUCAUUGUUUUAUUUCAAAUUCAAAUAAUCCUCACAUGAAACAAAUUUAUUCUAAAAAGAAUUAACAAUACCCUGAAGUUAAUUAAAAAAAGAAAAUAUUUACUCACAAAGGGGUAUCAUCACCAAGCUACAAUUGACAAAUUCCUCAGGUUUCAAAGUAAGUGUACUUUUUCACAUGAAAGGCAACUUUCAGAUAAAAGCGUUGACUCUGAUUUGAGACAUAUUUUAUUAGUCUAACAUGCAUGUCGAGAACUAAAGUAGUUCAAAUAUUUCUCAUAUUUGUUUUCCCUCUAAGAGUUAUUUGUGAGUUUUUCUGGUCAUGAACGUUUUCUGUAUAUAUGUUAUUUAUAUAUUACACAGAUAAAAAGAUAUGUAUAAUUUGUUUAUUACGUUUAUAUUAACAAUGUAAAUGUUUUUGAAGAACUUUUAUACCAAAAUAUGUAUAAUAAAACUGCCAUAAAUUAUUAUUU